CCAGACGCCCACCUACGCGCCUACUGCCGUGCAUGGUUUUACUUCGCCAAAUCCACAUCCAUAAAGGAAACAUCUAACAUAACGACGGCGCAGUUAACUUACGACACAAACACCAUUGAAUCGUUCUGGACCUAUCUUCCGAGCUGGGCUUGUACUCGGGACCGUCUGAACCCUAGACAAACCACAUUGAGUCUCACCAUGCUAGCACUUGAUAAUCACAAUUGGCAGAGUCAAAGGGUGUUGAAGGAUUUCGGGCUGGGUAAUCGCACCACCGAAUUUCGCGCUCGGGAUGGAGCGAAAGAUUGCCACAGCACGCCUCCCACCCACUUGCAGGUAAAGGGAACCCGGAUUUUCCUCUUGAUUGCAGUACACUCCGAAUGCCGUACAUGCCAACUUCAAACUGUACAAGAGGCGAUUCAGAGGGCGCACGUCAUGGGAGCCCUUGUUGUCGUUAUCACCGUUCCUGGAUCUGCAGAGGAGGAACAGAUCGUACGACACCCACAACAGGCUACUGCGCGCACUCCCCGUGUUGGGAUGGGACGAAGAGGGGAACCUUGCUCUGCUCAUUACAUCCCACGCCUGGGAAACCAUGCAGCCGAGCGUCAGCACUCCUGGGGUCGGAAAAGCGGCAGAACCACGAAAGGAGCUCUCUCGGGAGUAGGAAGCGCGUCAGCCUCUCGCAGUCUUCGAGCAAGAGAAUACGGAGAGUCCUUGUCUUUUGCUCCGCUUCUUGCUAUCGAUUGCCUCGUGCCCGCACCUUGGCAUCGAAAGCGCCGUCGAGCUGCAUACGCCGAGCACGUGAGGUAGCACUUGUCCCGCUUCGCCAAGCAGGCUAAAUUAUCGAUCCACCACCUCGGGGAAGCUGGCGAUGCGAUACCGAAGAAUCACGCAC